GUGAAAGUUGAAAGUUCACGACGUCUGAUAACAGGAGACACGUGCAGGUUAAAAAGUCGCCUGUGCAGCAGAAGCUCCGGCUGCAGCGAUGGCUGCCAUUUACUCAGGCAUCCACCUGAAACUGAAGAGUCCUCAGACUCCGUGGGAGGACAAGUUAAAGCUGGCACGUUUUGCCUGGAUCUCUGCUCAGUGCCUUCUGCCCAACAAGGAACAGGUGCUGUUGGACUGGUGCACCCACGCUCUGACAGGCCGCUAUAAUCAGAAGGUGGAGUUUUCUCAGAAUGUUCUGGAAGGGCUGUGGUGUUACCUUGACGAUCUGCUUCACAGCCGGAAGCUCCACUCGCUUCUCAAGCAGGGCAAGACUGUCAGCCUGAGGCUCAACAUGGCACAGCUGCUGCUUGACCGUCUUCAGGAGUGUGCUCAUGCUGGCUCUAAGUCUCCGGUGUGUGUGUCCACCAUAUUGAGUGUGUGUCAGGGCCUUCUCUCCUCUCCUGCACUCUCAUCUGUCUUCACCACCAAGUAUGAACUCAUGGUCGAUCUCCUAGUUAAGCUUUGCUCUCUGGCCUGUCGUGAGCUACAACGGCCAUUGCUCAAAGAGCCUGUAAUGACUGAAUCUGUCACAUGUCAAGAUGAGGUGAUGACUGAGUGUCUUCAAAAUCAGCCUAUUAGCGAUUUGGACAAAUCACAAAAUGAGGAGAUCCCUAAAGGUCCUCUUGAUCAGUCAGAUUUAGAUGCUAAUAAAUCCCCUCCAAAGCCAAAGGAAAACCUCCGUGCAGCUAAUUUGUUUGAGGUGUUACUUCAGGGGCUUUCGUGUUAUUUGUCAGUUCAACGACAACAAGCCAAUCCUAACAGAGUCUUCACCAUGGUAACCAACCAGCUGAUCCAGCCAUUAGUACUGCUCAGACACCUGCUGACCUCUGGGGAGUUUGCACCCUCUCACACACACCUGUGCCUCCGUCAGCAGCUGUUUAGAGACAUCCGCAUCAAGAUAGACUCCAUCCUUCAGUUAGCUCUCUUCCCCUCUGAGCACCUCACCUCCUACAAGGAGGAGCUCCUUCCCUCUAAAGAGGAAUCUGGGAAACGUGGUUCUGGGGGGGCAAAAGGCCCCUUAAAGCCAGUCAGUGCCAUACUGUCCAAACUGAGUGCUCAGGGCUACUGUGAGCCGCCCUUACACUACGCUGUGAAGUCAAACACAGUGUCUCUGCUGUUUAAGUUCUUCCUGGAGAGCUAUGGGAAAGGGAGAGGAGAAAGUGAGGAGGCGCACAGGAUGCUGUGUUUCUAUUUCCUCACCAGAUUGGUCCCAGUCUUGGACGUAUGUCUCGAGGGACACUCACUCUCACCUUCCAAAGCAGACCAGCCUGUCCCUGAGUCCCCAGAGCAGGAGUCUCCUCCAGCCUCCCUCUGUUCCCCAGAGAGCUGGAGCCUGGCUCUGCUGGCUAUAGAGUCACUGCUAAGCCAGGCUCUGUCGGCUGAUAUUUACAAUGUAGCAGCAGACAGGAUCAGGCAUGAAGAGGUCCAACUCCAGUUUUACAGAGCUCUGGGACAAAUGCUCUUCAACCAGGCCCAGCCAAGCAUCCCAGCAUGGUACCGCUGCUUAAAGGUGCUGUUGAGUCUCAACCAUGUGAUCCUUGAACCAGACCUGGACCAGCUGUUUUCCUCAGCCUGGGUUAACUCUGAAUGCAUGGAAGCGCGUGUCCAACGGGCCCGACAGCUCAUGGUGUGCAGCCUCCUCCAGACUUACACCAAGCUCCGCCAGCUACCUCGCUUCUUCUCUGAGCUCCUGUCUGUGAUCUGUCAGCCAGCACUGGAUGAUCUCCGACCUCCUCUGCUGUCUGAGGGCGUUUCUGCCUCGCUCAGCACUUGCCUUCUGGAUACUCCCCCUUCUCAGAGCCUAGAGAUCUGCUCAUCUGUGUUGGAGAGCAUCAAAAGAUAUAUACUACCUGACCUGGCGCAGGAGGAAAGGGAGGCAGAGAAGAUGGAGAUCGAUGGGGGAGGAGAUGAUGAAGGGGAGAAUAAAGAAAUCAAGGUGGACCAAGAGAGAGAGGAUGCAUCUCGAAAGCUUUUCUCCCUCAGCCAGCUGCUUCAUGUUGUUUUGUUUAGUCUGAAGACUUUAGACAAUGCCUCUCCUCUUCCAAUAGUCAGGCAGAGUCAAGGCCUGAUGGAGGAGAUGCAAAAGGUAGUCAAGGAGUUACUGCAUCUGUUGUCAGUAGAAAAGAAAGCUGUAAAAGCAAGUACAAGUUCACUUCAAAAGUCCACAAAGAAAGGCAAAAAGAGCUUGGACCGCAAAGACUCAGAGAAGGUCUCAGAGAUUAAAAUGGGAGCGCUGUGGGAACAGAAGACUCAGGAGGCUGCUCUCCUGCUCAGAUACACCUGGGUGGAAGUUGACACGCUUUUUAGCAUUCACUGCAGCAAAUACACAUCUCUUGACUCGGCACAGGCAGAAGCUGCAAGUGAGACUGAAGACCGUGCUCCAGUCCUGACCCAUAUGGAAAGUGUCCUCUCUGGUGAGAUUGUCCCAGCACGUCUACAGUCAUCCUGCAGCCCCAUGAGCCGUUUGCUGCUCAAACUGCUCACUUUGCAACAGAUGAAGAAAGUUCUGUUAGGCACCACCUUAUUCUCUGAACCCAGCACCGCAGCACUGCUGAAAAGGGCAGCCCAGUAUAUUUUAGCUAAAUCAGAGUUGGAGGUGAGUUUUGAUGGAGAGCAGGUAUGGGACGGGCAGAUAGCGAGUGUGAACACCAGCUCCUACCUCGUCGCACACUGGUACCUUGUCACAUCCAAUUUGCCUUUGAUUGCUCCAUACCUGAGCGGAGAAGAUGUGGGCCGCGUAGUAGAUGUACUUGUCAGUUCACUCCUCAGCAGACAGACCGGUGGAGGAAAGGACCAGCCGCCAGGCUGUCUGACUGUCUCUCUCAUAUCUUCUCAACUUCUCCAAAGCCCCGUUCUUUCUGAGUUGUUUUCGCUGUUCUCUGCCACAGUUUGUUCCCUCGCACAAAGGAUUAUCGGUGUUCUCAAGACAGCUCGUGCACCCAAGGUUUGUCCUACACUGCUCAAGUUUCAGGAGAAAGGAACUGGAGCUUUAGAGAGAGUUGCCAGUCAGCCUCUGUCCACACUUGUAAAAAAAGAGACUCUAGUUGAGGACAUAUUGGCUUCCUCAAAGACUGGAGAGGUGUCUGUGUUGCUGACGGACACACAGAUCAAAGAGCUGGUAAGCUUACUCCAAAUCUUAGCAAAGCUAAACCCAGAUGGGAUGAACUCUGAGGAUCUCUCCUCUGUUUUCCUCCUCCUCCUCUUCACGCUGACCUCCACCUCCAGCCAGUCAGACCAGACCGAAUCUGAAGGUGAUGCUCUCUUUCUGGUGAAGCUGCUCAGCAUUCUGACCUGUCUCCUGGAGGGUAGAAACUUCCAAAGUAUCUUGAAGCUCAUUCAUGGUGGUACUCUGCUGCAGGCCUCUGUGUCCUCUCUCCUCCUACACAGCAGCAAUGGACGUUUUCAAGCCACAAGCAGCUCUGAUUGGUCGGAUUUAAUCAAAGCAGUGCAGGGAUUCAUCCAGUCCUUGGUCCAGUUGAUUAUAAGCAGAAACAGCAGUGUUCGACUCAACCUAGACCAGUUUGCCUCCUAUCUUACCAGUAAGGAAAUGGCAAGCACGCAUAUUGUGGCACCCAAUUCAGCUGCUGAUCCAGGAGCGACGAUUUCGUCUGUUCAUCUCCUGCUGGCAUCGCUGACCUCCUUCUCCCAGGCAAUGACCUCUAACCUGGGGAGGAGUAAACCGAUGGAUCAAACUUUGAUUCAGAUGCUCAGAAGAACGACCGCCUCACUUGGACCUGCUGUCGAAUCUGUCCUAAAGCCCCAAACUGCCAGUCAGUCAGCCAUCCAACCAGCCAGCAUCCUUGGUCAAGCCUUUGUAGUAGAAGUUGUCACUGUCAUGCUGCGCUGUGAGCUGUCCUCACUGUCAGUGGAGGAUGAGGACAAGCAGAACGACACCCAGCUCACCUUGAGUCAUAUGAGCCUCUAUCAGGGCUUCUGCCAGCAGAUCCUCAAAGAAAUUAGUCUCGCCCACCGGCCAUUGGACUUUAUGGUUUCCUCUCUCCAUUUCCUGUCCGCUUUCUACAAAGCAGUGGAGAAGACGAGAGGAGAGAGGAAGGAGGAGACAAAAGAAGCAGAGAAGCUGGAUGAGCUGUACAUGCAGAUACUGCAGAGUGUGCACAGACUGCUGACAGCUUCUUGGCUUUCUGCGACCGAUAUAUGUGAGCUGGAGCCAGCUGUGCAGGAGCUGCUGCGCCACCUGCUGGAGAAAAGCACCACAGGUCGGUUCAACGUGCUGCUGCUGAUGAUCAAAGAGGGACUGGACACUGGCAAGCUGAGGGCUGGAAACCACAGGGAGGUGCUAUCUGCAGUAAUCAUCAUCAAGCUGCUUUCCUGUUGUCAGUUACCUGAGCCGUGCUCUAAAGCUCUGUGGCUCGUUGCACCACAGAUUAUGUCUGCUAUGGUGUUCUUGGUAAAAUCGUCCUCUGAAGACAUCUCCCUGACUCUUUCCUUCACGGUUCCCACACUGACGUCAAUGACAUCACUGCUGCGUCAGGGGGAGGGGCUUAUCUCCAACCCUCAUCACGUGAACUUGGUCCUUGGAGCGCUCCAAUCAGUGCCCCUCGACCACUUGACCCCAUCCGUCUACCAUUCAGCGUUCCUGGUGAUUCAUGAGGCGCUGUUUGCCAUCAUCCAGUGUCACCCUCAGGUGAUGUUGAGUGCAGCGCCGUCAUUCUUAAAUGUCUUCUAUCGUCUGGUGGCUUCCAUCAUGCAGGAGGGUCGGCAGAGAGGAGGAGACAGUGACACAGAUGGAGACGUGUAUCUCCAGUGCUCCAGACUGAUAGAGAGGAUGUACUCUCACAUCGCCGCUACAGCUGAGAGCUUCACUACGCUGUCAGCCUUCAUGGUGGCUCAAUACGUCACAGAGCUGCAGAAGGUUACUCUGCGGCCAGACAUUAAGCUGCAUCUAACAGAGGGGAUCUAUCGGAUACUGGACCUGUGCAUGGAGCAGGAUAUUAAGUUUCUGACGGCCGGACUGCAGAUGGGAGUCAGAGAGGUGUUUAAUGAGCUGUACAGCAGCUACACCCACUAUCACAAAGCACAGAGGCAAGGAGAGGACAAGUACACUGUUUGAACUGUCACAACAACACGCUUAGAUUUCAAUUUACUAAAUUAGGAUAAAUGUUCUUGCUGUGGGAGACUGUGUCUAUAUGUAAUUUCUGCAUUUGACUGGGCAUAACAGUUUUCACUCAGAAAGUGAAUUUGUAUUUUUUUCUGCCCAGUUUUUUGCAGUUAAUAAAUUGGACAUCAGGUUGUUGCUUUGAAUUCUGCAAGACAUACUGAGGAAAAACAGCCAAAAUAAAAGUUUUUUUUUUACAGCCUCACCUAUUUGAAUAUUUAAAUGGAUCAAGCUGAACAUAGUUUAAAGGAGGCACAUCCUCAGGUGUGUUUAUGACAGGGCCCUCAGGCAUUGACAACACAUCAGUUGUAUAACCUGAUAAACAGUAACUGCUUAUUUGUUGUGUGCAAACUUCAAAGCUGUUUACAAGUGGAUCACUUUGCACUCUGUUCCUCUCGACAUACAGCACAUGGUCGACUGUUACCUCUCACUGCAGCCAUGACGACUGAUGUGUAAAAUACUGUGUUUAUAUUACAAUUUAAAGAUGGUUUAAGUUUAAAUAUGAUUAACAAUGAUUUGAUACAGAUGAACGAUUUCUAUGUGAUUGUUUUGUUUUUUACCAGAACCUAAUGAUUUAACGUGUAAUUUUAAAUACAAAGCUGUCUCAAGCAUG